ACCAGACGAGAAAGCGUCCUCGAAUAAUUGCCAGUUAAUUAGCACAACACGUGCAUCACGUGCUUAGACCUGGAGGACGCCGGGAUGUCACGUGAUGGUCUCGUCAGUGUCAUCCACGUGACGAGAAAUAGCGAGAACAUCACCAGUUUGAGCCUGAGUGAGAACUCUCUGGAUUCUGUGUCUUGCCUGGCCCUGCAAGAUCUUCUCCGGGACACCACGUGCCUCACUCAUCUCAAUCUCGCCGGUACCCGGCUCGGUGAAAGAGAGAUCGAACACGUGGCUACCGGCCUACAGCUGAAUAACACAGUUCGCUGGCUGAACAUCAGUCACAAUGAAAUCUCGGUGGAGGGCGGCAAAAAGCUGGGCACUGCUAUUGGAUCCACAACGACGCUGGAGUCGCUGGAUGCCAGCUGGAACCACAUCCGCUUAGCUGGCGCCGUGGGACUUCUGAAAGGGCUAAAGAUCAACAGCUCCUUGGUGUACUUAAACCUCGCCAUGAACGGUCUGGGGUUCGAGGGCAGCCUUCAGCUGGAGGAAACACUCCAGGAAAACGGUCACCUGCGUUUCCUGGAUGUCUCCAACAACCGCAUCAAUUGGGAGGGCGUCACCUUCGUAGCUAAGGGACUCAAGAAGAACACCGCUCUGCACAUGAUUAAGAUUGGCAGCAAUCCCAUCAACAUGGAGGGAUGCUACGAGUUGCUGAAGGCAGUGUCAUCCAGAAGGAGUUGCGUGCUGCACGUUGGCUUGGAGAAUAUUCCUGUUAACGGCGCUGUUCUAACGGUAGCCACGGAGAUACGGAAAUGCCGCCAGUUCUCGAUGAUCCACGGGGGUAUCUUGGACACGCGCGAUGUGGUCGGAAUACGAAGAGAAAAACCGGAAGACCCGAUCACCUUGGUAGUCCGUUACCUAGCAGCUGUUGGUAUCCGGAUAAUCGAUCUGUUUCGGAUGUUCGACCUUGACAACGACGGUCACGUGACUAGGAGGGAGUUCAUUCGAGGUUUGAAAAAGUUAGGGGUCCCUCUUCCAGAGAAAGUGCUGAUCAAUGUGGCCAGCCGGCUCGAUAAAUACAAGAAAGGAUACAUCAACUACGGAAUCCUCAUGAGCGGCGUUAAAAAUCACAUCAGAACAGAGCGCAAGGAGAUGACGCGAGAAAAGAUUCGAACUCGAAACCGCCUGGAGGAGCGGCGUCGUAUUCUGCAAACUGAACUUCCUGACAUCUUCAAACGAACCUACGAUGAUGACUUGUUGACGAUUUACACUACCAAGUCCACGAACAGUCUGAUUGGUUCGCUAACAUCUAGUUUCGCAAGCUUCCCGGGGAGGAAGAUGUCAGUGUUGCCGCCUAUUGAUUCCGCUAUAAGCAAAAGGCCUAAUCAGUCGUUUUCAAACACGUCGACGGCUAGUGUUGAAAUGCCCGAUGAAAAGAAGACGCGACAUACGCCCAUAAGCUUAUCUGGUGAAGAGACGCAAAGUUAUAUUAGUAAUCCGCGAAAAUAUUCUGAAAGUGCUUCGCAUGAAAUGGCUAUUAAGCCCAAGCAAAUAGCGCCUUUGCUGAAGAAGUACUUAGAAAGAAAAAAGACUCAAGCUUCACUUGACCUUACUCUUCCAAAACCGAAAUGAAGAAAUGAAGGACUGUGCCAUAACUUUCUGGAGCAAGUUGUUAACACCUUAUUGACGUUGUUUUAUGUAAAUUUAUAUGAUAUUUAACGUUAUUAUUGAUUUGUUAGAAACUUAACUUUAUCGAUGAUUAUUUGUUUGUU